AACAAUGCUACAAAAGCUAUUGUUGACCACACAGUGAAGCUUUAUCUCACACACACACACACACACACACACACACACACACACGGUGGCUCCACCCAGUGCCAGUGCGGGUGGAGGUGUGGAGUCAGCGAUGAGACAGCAGGACGCGUCUCCGACCUGAACGCUGCAUUAUUUGACUGGAGCUCCUGAUUGCAGCGCUACAGUUGGCUGAACUCCGAGUCUGGAACGUCCUCCAGAGCAUCAGCAGCCACACGCUCUCCAUCCUGGAGCCAGGAGAUUUUCUGCAGUCAGAGUCUGGUGCUUCUGGUGCAUCAUCAAGACUAGAACAUCAGUGAAUGUUCCUCUAAAGUUCUGGAGCUUUUUUGGAGCUUUUUGGAGUAAGAUGUUCUUGGGUGCGUCUGCAGCAGAAGAUCUGAGUCGAGUUCGUCUUUGGAGCGUCUAAAGUGUCACGACUGUCGCCGAGAGCUUUCUGUAGAACAUCUUCAGUUCUCCUCAGUCCUCCUGAACCUGACCCAGACCUUCAGGUGUGCAGCUGGUGUUUCUGAGAGCUGAAGCUCUGGUCUGGACUGGAGAACGUUCCUGGGGUCUGUAGCUGGUGAAGAUGUUCCUGGUGAAGCAGCCCUGGUUGUGUAAAGUUUUAGGUUGCUAUGACAGCUGCGUGCGUUGCCUUGGCGCCGUGCCCUACGUUACCCUGAGUGCCACGGUGCUGUGCUAUGCCGGGGUGGCGCUGUUCUGUGGGGGCGCUCACCAGGCCCUCGAGCAUGCAGAGACACUCGCACACACACACUUCGCCCGCUCCGAACAGGACUUCGAGGUGCUCGCCGACUUUGUGAAGUAUUUUCAGUACGUGAUCUACGGUUUGGCCUCCUUCUUCUUCCUGUUUGGGAUCCUGCUGUUAGCCGAGGGAUUUUACACCACCAGCGCUAUUAAACAAACCUUCGGUGAAUUCCGCAGCACUCAGUGCAGCCGCUGCCUCUCGCUCACCUUUAUCGUGGUGACGUACGUCCUGGCCGUGAUCUGGUUGCUGGUUUUCGCCUUCUCCGUCGUCCCGGUGUACUUCCUGUUCAACAUGGCUGAGACGUGUUACACGGUGAACAUCCUGUCUGAAACCACCACCAGCCUGACUCAGCACGGCUGGGUGUGUAUGGACCCGCGGCAGUACGGAUUGCUCCCUUGGAAGGCCACACCUGGAAAAGUGUGUGGAAUGACCAUGGCCAACAUCUGCAAAGAACCAGAGUUCUACGUGACCUAUGACCUCUUCAUCACUGCGUUUGCCGGAGCCGGGGUCACGCUGCUCGCCCUGAUCUUGUACAUCGUGGCCUCCACCUAUAACUACGCCGUUCUCAGGUUCCUGGGCAGCAAGGGGAUCCGUUGCUAGGCUCGGCCAUGCUUUCUUUUGGUGCCGUUGCUAGGCACACCGUUGCUAGGCAGCGGGUCUCCUCUUUGAUGCGUGCCGCCGAGCUUGCUGUCGCGUUGUCAUGGCGACCGAGUCCUUGGAGAAAGCGCUGAUGAGGACCUGGAGGUUCUCCGCGUGGAGGCGUGUAAACGGGGGGGGGGGGGGG